UCGUGACAACCGGUUAUAUUUCCUCCGACAUAAACCUUAUAAGAAAGCCCCUUGGAAACACGCAUUACAACACCGAGCCACGACUUUCAUAAUUCCCUUAACCUUGCACACCCCAUCUCGUAGAGUUUCCGCCAAGAUCGUACAACCCCGAUAUGUCCGAAAAGUAUAACCUAAACAUUGGAAGUACAUAAACACAGUGCGACCCACUGCUUCAACAUGUUCACCGUUACAAACUACGUCACUUUCGUUAUCAUCCAUUCGUUUCUCGAGAAAAAGAAAAAAAAGGAGGAAAAAACAAUCUCUUAAACCCCUUCAGCCAACAUGUGGAUCCGAGAUCUAGGCUCCGUCCUCUACAUCUUAGGACGAGUAUCGUUCGUAGACCCCUCCAUAGAACAAGCUAUGCGCCCAGAACUCCAACUGAUCCCACCACAGAUGGUACACCGUCCCCAUGGAAGCAGCGGACGACUCCCUCCGCCCCGGCGGCAACAGCAGCUCCCACCUCACCAUCGACCCCAGCGACCAAUUCGCCACCUUCUCCGGCUAUCUCGACAGCAAAGCCUUAGGCGGUAGCGGUUUCGCCUCGCAACGCACCAAGGGAGAUCUCAACCUCGAUUUGUCAUCCUACAACGGCCUCUCGAUCUCAGUCCGGGAGUCGGAUGGCAAGAAUUAUACGGUUACGCUGAAGGAUGAGUUGCCUGUGAAUGCGAGCGAGUCGAGCUUGUUGUAUGCGGUUUCGUUUGUGGGCGUGGGGGUUUGGCAGUUUGAUUGGGAGGAGUUUGUUCCGACGGUGAGGGGACGGGUGCAGACGGGUGCGCCGCCGUUGAAUACGAAGAGUGUGAAGCAGUUGAGUUUGAUGAUUAGGAGUUAUUUUGGGCAGCAGGAGGGGGAUUUUUGGACCAAGUUUAAUUGUAUUGCGGCGUAUAAAAGGAAAGACAUAGAAGUAUAGUAUAGGGAUGAAAUCUGUAAAAGGAAUAGGAUGUAGAUUAUAGGAUAUAAUGUUACCUAAGGUUUAUAUAAGUGAUUACGGUCUAGAAUCAUAGGUAAGAUAUCCGGUAUUUAUAAAGGGUAGAAUACUUCUAAGCGAAAACUAAAUAUAAUCCUAUAAGAGUUUUUCUAGCGAGGGAGGGUUUCUUUUUUAAAAGAGGGCUUUACUAAAACGUUAUUUAUAGUUAGUUAUACUAUACCUUUAAAUCUAGUCGAAAACGUAUAUAUUAAAAUAAGAAUAAAUUACUUUAGUUAAUUAAUUAGUAACUAACUAAAUUGUAAUUAAUUAUAUUUAAAUUAGAUUAGAACCUUAAGGUAAUUGAAAUAAAUUAAUUAGAAUAACAGUAUAUAUUUUAAAGUACUAGUAAUAUAUCUAGAGAAUCUUUUAAAAAACUAACGAAGAAAUAAAAUAAAAGAAAAAACCUUAUAAAUCUUAUUAUAACUUAGUUUUUAAAAGUAUUUAAAGGCUUUAAUUUUACUUAGUAUUUUAUUUUCUUUUUACUUUAUAAAAUAUCCCUAGUAGCUUUAUUAAAGAACCUUUUACCAGAAGUUAAAAUAGCUUAGAUUUAUAAAUACUUCUUUAUUAAAAUAAAUAAAACUAAAUAAUUAAGCUUAUUAACUAACUAUUAUGCUAAAGCUAAAGUUAUAAGCUUUAUAAGUAUAAAAAGGAAAGAAAAGUUCUUAUAAAAAAGCUUAUAGAGCUACUUAUAUCUUUAUUAACCCUUUAUUCUUUAAAGUAUUUAUUUAACUUAUUUACUUUCUACUUUUCUUUCUUUAUAUAAAGGUUACUUAUUUUAUACUCUCUAUUUCUAUUAGAAGUACUAAUGUUAUUUUCUUAUAAAGGUAACUUUAUAUUCCUUAGAUUAAGCUUUAAACUAGUAAAAUAAUAAAAUAUUACUUGGUUUAUAUAAUAUUAAAAGAUUUAAGUUAAAUAAAAAGAUUUAUCUUAAGUACUUUUAUUUAAAAGCCUUAUAUAUAUUCCCUCUAAACCUUAUGAAAACCUUUAUUCUCUUUAGAUUAUUUCGCUUAACCCUAGAAUUAAAUAAAAGAGCCAUAUAAAGAGUUUUAUGUCACGAAUCACGUGUUAGCAUGUGACGAGUGAAGACCAGGCGGCGUCCUGACAGGUUAAGCACUAUCAUGCUCUUAUAGCGAAUAGGGAUCGGCUAGACUAGCUAAGCGAUCCAAGGAUAUCAUUUGUAUGUAGUCACGUGAUGGAUAUUGGGAUCUUGAGGAUCCCAAGAUCCAGGCAAAGGAUCUGGGGGAUCCCCAGAUCCACGGGGACGAAGGUUCUAUAUAAGACUGGCACGUCUGCCAUUAGAUAGGAGCUUCGUGCUCAACUUAGUUAUCAAUCUUAUCAUAUUAGUUUGACAUCUUUGAUACAAGUAACGAGUUAACUUCCAAGUGAACAACCCGAUAGUCUUCUUCUUAUCAUAGCAUACCAACCAGCGAAUACCCAGCCAAGUUUAGUUAGCCAGUAUGAGUAUUCGUUACAUUUUAUUCUUUAAAAUAAAAGCUUUUUAUUUUAGAAAGUACUUUUUAAGCUUAACUAUACCUUUAUCUAUAGUAUUUAUAAGAGUUCUUUUCUUUUAUUUAUUCUAAAUUAGUUUUUAUUAUUAAAAAAGAAAAAAGAAA